ACAACAAAAGAAGAAAAAAACGUAACCGGAAAUUAGUGACCUAUGUGUAAUUUCACUAAUGUUGUGGAACCAAUCGCCUCUUCAAGAAUCAACAAGCCCUAAAAACAUCAUUAAAACCCCUGUAUUUUGAUCCUCAAAACCCCAAAAUCAUACAAACACAAAAAUCUCAAUUUAUUCAUCAGAGCCCAAAAAUGGGACUAAAUUUUCUAACAACCUUAGCUAAACGCACCACAAUUCAACAUUCAAAACACUAUUUCACUUCCAAGAAUUCAAUUUCAAGAAUAUACACAGACUCUACUAAAUCUUGUACUAACAAUUUCAAUAUAAAUACAGUACCUAAAACCCCUUGUUUCUCAUUUUUGUUUUCUCUUAGAAAAUCAUAUUCAUCAUCUUCUUCAAAAACCCAAGUGGGAUUUUUGGGAUGGUAUUUAGGAGCACUAGAAUCUCGUCCAAUUAUUACUAAAAGUAUUUCUUCUGCUAUUAUUUAUGCUGCUUCUGAUGUUACUUCCCAGAUGAUUACGAUGUCACCUUCAGAUUCUUUAGAUAUAAUUAGGACUCUGCGAAUGGCUGGCUUUGGACUUUUAAUUUUAGGAACAGCACAACACCAUUGGUUUGGCUUUGUGGCAAGGGUAUUGCCAAAGAGGGAUAUCAUUAGUACGUUGAAGAAGCUGUUGAUGGGACAGCUUUUAUUUGCGCCUGUUAUUAAUUCGAUUUUCUUCUCUUUCAAUGCUGCUCUACAAGGUGAGAAUGGGGAGGAAAUCGUUGCAAGGUUGAAGCGUGACCUGCUCCCAACGAUGAUGAAUGGCCUAAUGUACUGGCCGCUGUGUGAUUUCUUGACAUAUAAAGUAAUCCCUGUCCAUUUGCAGCCAUUGGCCAAUAGUGCAUUUGCAUAUGCCUGGACAAUAUAUUUGACGUAUGUGGCAAGUUCACAGAAAGCUGUUGCUUUUUAGUUUGUAUGCCCUGCUCUGGAAGCCUCCAAACCGCGCAAGGAUAGGAUUGGGAUAAAAUUAUCGUUGAUAGUCCUGCAUAUUUAGGAGAUCAACAAUGAUCACAAGAUGGUGUAGAAUAGGUCAAGGAUCUUGAUUCAAGGGUCACAAUUUGAUUCAUUCUUCCAUUGAUUUUCCUUAUUUUAAAUUUGCUCUGUAUCAAUGAAUUAAAGGCAUUAAGAAUAUGUUGUACUUUUCAUAGUGCUCGCAUUACACGGUAAUAUUAUUUGACAUAACUAUUUCAAUUUC